AUGUCGAAUUCUUAUCUACUAUUAAAUUUAUUACCCGUUGAAUUAUUACAUGAAAUUUUUCAUUAUUUAUCAACAAUUGAUAUUUUUAAUGCUUUUUCUAAUAUUAAUUAUUAUCUUGAUAGUUCUUUAUUAAAAUAUGAAAAAUAUCAUAUUAAUUUUCGAUCUUGUCUUAAAAAACAUUUCGAUUUUAUAUGUAUUCAUAUUCAACCACAUCAAAUUAUUUCACUUAUUCUAUCAAAUAGUGAUGAUACACCUGAACAAUUUCAAAUCUUUUUUACUCUAUUCAAUAUUGAACAAUUUACUUCUCUUCGUUCAAUAACAUUAAUUGAUAUUGAAAAUGAUUUAUUAUUGAAUUUGAUUGACAAUUUAACUAAUAGUAACAUUAAUAAAUAUCUUGAAUCAUUCAAAAUUAUUCGUUAUGAUUUAUCAAACAAAAAUAUACCAGAUUGCACAAUUACGAAAUUACUUCCUUAUCGAUUAAAACAGCUUGAUGUAUACAAUGCAAGUUGUGUCAUGAUUUCUUUAUCUAAUCUUCGAUAUUUAACUGUACAUAAUUGUACAAUAAAUGAAUUACAACAGAUCUUAAGUUUAUUGCCAAUGCUCUGGUCUCUUGAUGUUACGAAUCAUACAGGAGGUCAAUGGAAGACAAUGGACAAAGUACCAACUCAAUUAAAACGACUUGUAUUAAAUUUAGAUGUAUGGAUGUCAAUGGUUGAUAUUGAAGAGUUUUUAUUAAAAUUACCAUAUCUUAAACAUUUAGAAUUGCAAAUCAAUGGUAAUCUUGUUGAUUUAUGUAAUGGUGAACGAUGGUCAAUUCUAACCAAAUAUCUUAUUACAUUCAAUUUUAAUUUUACAACCAAACAUGAUAUAGUCAAUUUUCCAUAUUUAUUAAUCAAUUCAUUUUGUUCAUCAUUUUGGCUUGAAGAAAAACAAUGGUUUAUAGCAUAUAAUAAUCGACCAUCACAUCUAUUCACCGUACCUCGUUUUGCUGAUAAAUCUGCUUAUUAUAGUACAUUUUCAUCAUUUCGUUUACCAAUAUAUACAACUAUUACAUCUGAUCAAUCUCUUUUCUAUGAUUGUAUCAAUGAAUUGACAAUUUCGAAAUCUUUACAAGAACCAAUACCAGAUUAUCGUUUUACACAUGUUAAAAUACUUUCAUUAUCUAAUUCAAACGUAUUCAAUCGUUUACAAUUUAUUGUAGAUUUAACACAAGUAUAUUGUCUAAAGUUAUUUUAUACUGUUUCAAUCAAUGAUCUUGAAUGUUUGUUUCCAAAUCUUUUACCUCGAGUAUAUCAACUUCAUCUUCAAACUCUUCCAAUAGGUCGUCAACAACAAAUCAAUAAUAUUGAACAAAUUCGUAUACUUCAUAUUCAUAGAGUCAGUUGUGCAUCACGAUUAUGUCAAUUAUUUUCACAUCUCGAACGUAUACAUAUUGCACGUGUAGAAUCUUAUCGAGAAGUUUGUUAUAUUCUCAAACAUUUGAAAUCAUCAUUAUCAUUUGUUUCAUUAAAUUGGUCUCUUGAUAUCAAUGCACAAGAGUCAUUUCGUCUCAUGCAAGAUUGGCUUAAACGUGAGAGUGUAGAUUGUCAAAAUGGACUUAAUUUUACGUAUCGAUGUCAUAAUCGAUAUUAUCCUACUAUACACUUAUGGAUCAAUAGUGACAACAAACAAUUACCUCAUGUUUCAAUAACUAGUAUAUGGAAAUGUGAAUUACCUAUUCAACAACAGAUGGAUGUAGUUAAACAAGCUCGUUCAAUAGUUCUAACACAUGAGACUUUUACAGGAUUAUUUGCUCCAAAUAUAGCAACAGUAGCUGUUACAGCUAAUAAAAAUAAUUCACAAGGACUUGUGCCGACUUCUUGUUCAACAACACAAACAAAUGGUAUAAACACAGCAUCUGAACAACAUGGCAACAAUCAUCUUAUCGUCAUAGGCAACAUGUUAUUCACAACAACAACAUAA